AUGCAGACAGUAGCGGACGAAGGCAAUCGCGUAUUAAAGAAGCAGAGGAUCUGUGUGUCACAGAUUGAGCGCCACCUCGACGAGCUCCUGACACAUGUCGAAAGGACCAAGCAGCAGCUCGAAGAGCGGCAGAAAGAGCUUUGUCGCAAGAAGAACCGCCGAGCGUUGAAUGCGAGUGUUACAGAUACCGAAGGAUAUCGAGAUGUUAAGACCAAAGGAUUGAGACAAGUUUCGGACAGUGUUGGAGCCGAGUUGCCGUGUAAUUCGGAGAAGUCCGAGGUCGAGUCGAAGGAUGUGGAAGUUAAGAAGCAGGACAAUGAAGUGGAGUUCAUUAUUACGAACUUUAUAGAGCGGGCACAACAUCUGAAAUCUGAAAAGCACAUUGCGAGUGAGCUGAAGUUGAUGCACGCGUUGCUGUCCAAGUAUUCAAAGCACAUUGACAAGAAUCUUUGUACAGAUAUUGCCAAGGUAUGCCGCACGAAUGAGAUCGACCAGAAACUUGUCUGUCGUUUUGUGGCAGAAUAUCUGUAUCAAGACGGACAGAUGAAGGCGGCGGAUGCUUUGUGCAAGGAGGCAGAACUCAAACUGCUACCAACGUAUAGGGACUGUUUUGUCGAGUUACACCGGAUCUUAAAAGCAAUACAGAUGCGUGAUGUGCAGCCGGCACUCGAUUGGGCGCGGAACAACCGUAAGGAAUUACGGCUGAUGGACGUUGAUAUCGAGUUCCAAUUGGUUCGACUCAAGUACGUGGACAUUCUCGAGUCCUCGCUGGACAUGAUGGAUGCAGUUAGCUUCGCUAAAAAAGAACUAGCAUCUUUUCAUCAGACGCAUGCCGAAGAGGUGGGCGUGUUGAUGAGCUGCAUGCUUUACAAAGGGAGACUCGAAGAAUCACCGUACCGGAAUCAUUUUAGUGAUAAUCGCUGGAAGGAAAUUUACGACGCUGUGAUCCGGGCAUGUUGUCGCCUUCGUCGAGUUCCGUACCGGUCAUAUCUCGAAACAUGCUUGUCAGCCGGUAUACCCGCGCUGCGUUCGAUGCGAAAGCUAGCGUCUGUCAUGGAUAGUAAGCUCGCGGACUGGGACAGUAUGGAGGAACUUCCUGUGGAGAUCCCUAUUGCAAAAGAGCUUCGGUUUCACAAUGUGUUCUCGUGUCCCGUGUCGAAGGAAGAAAGCACUCCCGAGAACCCGCCAAUGCUGCUGAAAUGUGGUCACGUGAUCUGCCGUUCGUGUGUCAAUCGGUUUUCCUUCCAAAAGACUCGACGAUUCAAGUGUCCCACUUGCCCCGUUGAACAAACAGAAAGUGAAACGCGCGAGCUUUUCUUCUAA